CAUCUAGGUAGGGGCACUAUUGGAAUAAAAAUUUGCGAUACAGUGAGGAGGCAAAGUUCAUUUGGAGGGCAAACAAACAAAGGAGAUACCUUAAAGGCAGCCCUUGGAGGAGGCUCUGGGACUAUAAUCAAAGAUUCGUUAGGAUAAUGAAGUGUUUUUCUGCCGUUGUGCUGCUGAGUCUCAUCUCGCUGGGAUUCUCUGCUCCUCUGAACAGCUGUGACACUCUGCUCAAAGCAAUAGCUGUCAGCAAUGAAGAAAUGUUGGGUCGGUGGUACUACAUUGGAGGGAGCUCUGACAUCCCAGGAAGUCGCUCCCUGGCUCACCUGAUGACCAGCGUCUGGCUGGAUAUGACCGCCACCUCCAGGAGCAACGUCCUCAAUCUCGUCCAGAAUCAGAGGAUAAUGGGCCAAUGUUCUAGUUUAUCCUACAAUGUGAUCUUUGAGAACAGCACUAUGUUAAUCGAGCAACCUUUCUACCUUAAAGAAGUCUACCUGUCAACAGAAUGUGCCGACUGUCUGGUUGCCAAAGAGGAUAUCGUUGCUGGAACAGAUAAAUUCAUCAGUCUUCUUAUGUUUAGUAAGAGCCGGAGUGUUUCCGCAGCUGCAGUGGAACUGUUGAAAAAGCAAGCAGAAUGCCUUCAGAUGCCGACACCUAUAAUAUUAAACCCAGAAAAUGAACUCUGCCCCGAGAACAUGACACCCACUGAGGGGCUCAGCGCCCUCAACGCAGUUCUGGAGGCCAAGAUGGGACAACGGGUGGCCAGAUUUCUGGAUGCUGUAUUUGACAUGUUUGUUAACUGAGAGAGUUUUUGCAAAAAGCUAAUUGCUGGUCAUCUGUAUGGAAAUAAUUUUUAGUUUCAUUCAUAUUUAAUUUAUUAAAGAUUUGUUAAUAUGGACUUAUGACUGAAAUUAAAAUGGAGCUUUGAUGUCAUGAUGUACUUUAAGGUAUACUGGAGGAUUUUCACAAUUUUUUUUUAAAAGAUCUGUCCUUUCCACUUAAAAA